GGGAACAAGACUAAAAGGCUAAAAUAUGCGCAAGAACACAGAAAUUGGACCAUGGAACAAUGGUUAAAGGUGCUUUGGACUGUUGAUGGAUGGACAACGACAUCUGUGCCUUCUGCCAGUCCUGUUGUCAUUUCAACCCUUGUUACAGUAUGGUACACUUCAAGGGAGCACAAAAAAAUAAUGCACACAGCCCAGUCCACUGGGCAACUAAAUGCUAUAGCAACAAUUAUUCAUUCUUCUUUAGAAGUCUAUAAACUAAAGGGUAUUUGCUCUGAGCUUUCCAAGAAGUCAUGAAGUUAGCCAAUGGAUGGCAGGGGGCAGGGUCCUGUGCACCUGAGGGACUGUCUCCAUAUAAAGCCUGCAGUGGAGUUCCUCUGGGAGUCAGAUUGAAGCUGCUGCCUCUUGGAGUGAAUGCCCUGGUUGGAAAUGCUCGUUGCAGCUCUCCACAGCUCCCGAGCUAAUAACAGCACCUACACAGAUGAGUACAAAGCCCCAGGCUUGGGGAAGCCAACAAAGGCAAGACCUUCAUCAGCGACCAGAAGGAACAACCCCCACCCCAAACCGGUAGGGACACAACUGCGUACCAAAGUCUGAGCGGGGUUCAUUUACUAUAGGGGUGCAAUACAGGGCUGAAGAUUAGUGUACACUGCGGUUUAAAACAUGUGCUUCUCAUUGCUAGCACCACUGUUUUAUUAUUAGUAUAUCCACAUAUCUGGUCUUGAAUAGCACUGUGACCAUUUAUUUUUUUUAUGAAAUCAUACACAUACCAUUACAGUAUAGGGAUGGAAAUAAGACUCUUAUUGCAUAGCAGUUUCACUCAUUCCAGAUUUUAAUACAAGCUUGAUUAGCCACAGUGUAUCAUUAAGAAGCUCAAGUGUAUCUUAUUAAAGUCAUAGUAAAACCUGGAAUGGACCAGGAGUCUUUUUUUUCAUUCCUGCAGUAUAAUUAUUUUGUCUACACAUUAGCCACUGUGUGUAGUACAGUUACUGGACCAGAUAAUGUCUCGUUCUGGAAUAUAUUUAUGAUCAAAGCCAUCUGAGCAGGUCAGGUUUAACACACGUAAUAGUGUUUUAACCUCUGGUCAUAUGAAUGAUACAGAUCCUGUCAUAUCCAUUUUAAUUCACGUUUACACUAACGGAUCACAGAUGCCGAGGGUCAUUCCCUUACUUCGUUUCUGUUGACAAAAACACCACAUGCAUGUACUGUUCUGAUUCUGAGGUUAUUAUUAUUAUUAUUAUUAUUUAUUUCUUAGCAGACGCCCUUAUCCAGGGCGACUUACAAUCGCAAGCAAAUACAAAUACAUUCAAGUGUUACAAUACAAGUCAUACAAUAAGAGCAAGAAAUACAAUAAUUUUUUUCAAGUGUGACAAACCACAAUUCAAUAAUACAGCAGAUAAUAGUGAGAGUUACAUCAGGAUAUGAUUAGAUAGUGAUAGUUACAUCAGGAUAUGAUUAGGUGCAAAAUACUACAGGUUAAACACUUGGCAGAUUACAAUAUUCUGAAGUACAGGAUUAAAUGUAGUAAAAUAGGGGGCAGAUAAGAGCAAAAUAAAGCAUAUUUAAAUGAAGGGUGAUAGUGUCCCAGGAUACAACAGAGAAGUUCUACAGGUGCUGUUUGAAGAGGUGAGUCUUAAGGAGGCGCCGGAAUGUGGUCAGGGACUGGGCAGUCCUGACAUCUGUAGGAAGGUCGUUCCACCACUGCGGAGCAAGGGUGGAGAAGGAGCGGGCUCGGGAGGCAGGGGAGCGUAGCGGAGGUAGAGCCAGUCUUCUAGUGCAGGCGGAGCGGAGAGGUCGAGUGGGGGUGUAGGGAGAGAUGAGGGUCUGGAGGUAGCUGGGUGCAGUCUGGUCAAGGCAUCUGUAGGUUAGUGCAAGAGUCUUGAACUGGAUGCGAGCGGUGAUCGGGAGCCAGUGGAGCGAGCGGAGUAGUGGAGUAGCGUGGGCGAAGCGAGGCAGAGAGAACACCAGGCGGGCAGCAGAGUUCUGGAUGAGCUGGAGCGGACGGGUGGCGGACGCAGGGAGGCCAGCCAGGAGGGAGUUGCAGUAGUCUAGGCGGGAGAGUACCAGGGCCUGGACCAGGAGCUGGGUAGCGUAGUUGGUGAGGAAGGGUCGGAUUCUUCGGAUGUUGCUCAGGAAGAAUCGGCAAGUGCGUGCCAGAGUGGAGAUGUGCUGGGAAUAAGAGAGGCAGGGGUCCAGGGUGACUCCAAGGUUCUUAGCAGAGGAAGAGGGAGAGAGUGUGGUAGAUUCCAGAGGAACAGAGAUAGAGAGAUCAGAGGAGGGGGAGGAGGAGGGUGCUGAAAGGUAUCUCCUGCCACACCCUUAUAUAAAUCUCCCAUAGUAAAAGCAUAGCAAAGUGUAAUAAAGCAUAGGUACGCACUGUAAAGAAUAGUUAAAGCAUAGUAAUAACAUGUCAAACCAGGAUAAACGAUGGUAAAUACAUAGUAUAACCAUGGGAAAAGCAAAAGCAGUGUUCAAAAAUCCAAUGGUAACCCUUUAUAAGGGCAUACCCGUGCAAGAGUAGAUAUCUUGCUCAUGGCUAUUUUGUUUCUGCAGGGCUUCCUGUUUCCCAAAAGAUUACCAUGUGACCAUGGUGUCAUUCAGGACAGAGUCCGACAGCUGGUUCAUAAUUACAUAUCGACACGAUCCCCCUACAGCUGCUACCACCUUCCUUCCUGCACUGCCGACCUCUUCCCUCCAGAGGGCAGACUUGCCUUGCAUAUGCAGAAACCCCAACCCAAGAAGACAAACCCUGUCCAGUUCCUAUUAUCCCCUCUGACUCUGCCUGGACCAGACUUUCACAGGCAGGGCUCUCACUCAGGCAGUGGGGUUAGGGCUGCCACUGCUGGUCAGCUGAAGAGACUGCAGGGCCUGGACCCCAGGGUGUGUGGAUCCCCAGCCAAUGAGAAGAAGCUCCAAACAAUUCCACACAACAUAGAGAGGUACAGAGCAAUCCCAGAUUCUGAACCCCCGAAGGUGCACGAUUCCUGCCCAGGGUACACAAAAUACAGUUCCUCCAGCCCCCACCCUGCACCACUCGCCUGCCAGAACAGGUUCCGCCCAAAGACAGCCAUGGACUUUAGGUGUGAAUACAGCUGCUUCCAGGUUGUCAAAAAAUCCCAGCCGGGCUACUACAUAAUUCACCCUGAGUUUGUUUCCGAGAGACUAACUUGAAGGCUGGCGUGUACCGUCUCUUCCGUUCUCUUCCUCCGGAGCUCCUAUCAUGGGAAGCUUUUCUUCAAAAUUAAAGACAAACUGAUGUUAAUAAUAAUAAUAAUAAUAAUAAUAAUAAUAAUAAUUUUAUAUAGCACCCUUAAAAGCAAUCAUUUCAGAGCACUUCACAGAACAAAGGUGAAUACAACAAAAACAAUAACAGGUAGAAACAAAACACUCAAAGUUGCUGAUCUCUAACGGAAUAGAGUCCCACAGUUUUGGGACAUAGUAACAGAAGGCCCUGUCACCCAUAGAGCGCAGGCGAGCAGAAGGGACACACAACAGUCUAAGAUCGAUGGAGCAGGGGCUCCCGAGUGGCGCAUCCAGUAAAGGCGCUCCACGUGGAGUGCAGGAUGUGCCCUAUAGCCUGGACGUUGCCGGUUCGAGUCCAGGCUAUUCCACAGCUGACUGUGGACAGGAGCUCCCAGAGGGCGGCGCUCAGUUGGCUGAGCGUUGCCCGGGAGGUGGGGAGGGUUAGGUCGGCCAGGGUGUCCUCGGCUCACCGCGCACCAGCGACCCCUGUAGUCUGACCGGGCGCCUGUGGGCUUGCCUGUAAGCUGUCCGAGAGCUGGGUUGUCCUCUGACACUGUAGCUCUUGAAUGGCUGCAGGGUGAGUCUGCAGUGUGAAAAAAAGCGGUCGGCUGACGGCACACACUUCGGUGGACAGCGUGUGUUUGUCUUCGCCACUCCUCAGUCAGCGCAGGGGUGGUAGCGGUGAGCUGAGCUUAAAAAAAAAAAUUGGCCAUUCCAAAUUGGGAGAAAAUAAUAAAAAUAAUUACUAGAAUUAAAAAAAUAAUAAUUAAGAUCGGUGAAGCAGAGUUUGCGAGUGGGUGUGUAAAAGGUUAAAAGAUCUGACAAAUAAAGAGGAGCAAGCCCAUGGACAGCCUUGUAGGUCAGGAGAAGGAUUUUAAAAUCCACUUGAAACCUAACAGGCAGCCAAUGCAAGGCCUCCAACACAGGUGUAAUCCCUAGAGCGCGACCUAGACAAAAUUCUAGCCACAGAAUUUUGAACAUUUUGCAAUUUGUUGAAAUGCUAUUAGAGACACCAGCAAGCAGGGCGUUACAAUAAUCAAUCCUAGAGAAAACAAACGCAUGAACCAAUUUUUCAGCCGCAGAUACAGAGAGCAUAGGUCAAAGCCUCGCUAUAUUUCUGAGGUGAAAAAAUGAAACCUUGACAGUAUUCACCACAUGCGGUUUAAAGGUUAACCCAGGAUCAAAAAUGACACCCAGAUUUUUAAUUUUAGAUCUGAACUCGAGCAUGGUACCAUCAACUGACAAAUUUACAGCAUUGGUUUUACGUAGCUGAUGGGAAGUACCUAACAGCAUAACCUCAGUCUUACAAUUUAGGUGUAAAAAAUGUUGCCACAUCCAACUUUUUAUAUCAGAGACACAGGCAGUAAGAACAGAGGCAGCAGCAUCAAUAUCGAUUUAGAAUGAAUAUAGAUCUGAGUGUCAUCUAUGUAAAAAUGAUCAUUCAGGCCAUUUCUUCCUAUACUUCUUAUGAUUUCUGUUGGAGAGCACGUGGUAUUGAGGAAACCAUUGUAGAUUUUAUACAUUACAUGACAAGGUGAAUCUCUUUGCCAUUCACUUUCACCGGGAUUCAAAAUCCUGCUAUCCUGUCUUAAAACAACACGGUAAAGUUUCAAUAAAUAAGCAUCACCAAGGCUCCCAUUAACAGCACAGCCUGAUACAGCUGAUCCAGUUGAACUCUCAAAGUGGAAGCAACACAUAUGUAACUGACCUCUUUAUUAAUCAAGGAAAGCCUGCAACACAUAAUAAUAGACUAAGGGAUUGUGACGGGGAGCCUGGCCCUUAUGUGUAUUUGUGUGCUGUUUAUUAUGAUU